AUGAAGCUCUCCACUGUCUUUGCUGCUGCUGCCAUGGCCAUGUUGCCUGCCGCCCUCGGUCAGAACAUCGGAGACCCAGUUGUGACCAGCGUUUUGGUCGUCGAGUACGUUCCAGCAGUCUCAACCUCUACUGUGUACCAGACCACGCAGUUCACCGUCUGGAGCUGUGCACCCCACGUGUCCAACUGCCCAGUCCGUUCUGCCACGUCGCUUGCCAUGGUUACUGCCAUCGUCGGCAUGUCGACCACCAUCUGCCCAGUCACAUUCCUCAGCACUCGUGUCAGCUCGUACACCACGCCUGCUUCGACCAGCUACAGAUCAUCGACUCCUGGUGCCUCCAUCAGCUCUGCCUCGGCCAUCUCAACCACUUACUCGACUGGCAGCUCCACCAUCACCAUCGGCUCGUCGACCACCGACUUCAACUACUGGUCGACCAUCAGCUACAGUGCCUUCUCGACCGAGUCUGUCGUCACCAGCCAGGCCACUCUCUACUCUGGUGGACCCUCUCUUCCAACCGGCGUGACAGUCAGCUCUACGUCGAUGGGCGUCUCGGGUGGCUCAGCAUCAGCCUCUGGAGGCUCUGGUGGCUCUGGCCCAGCAUCUGCCUCUGCAUCAAGCAUCUCAUCGGGUCUCUCAUCAGCAUCAUCGGCAUCUCCCAUCCAGUCGACCUCAGCAUCCGACUUUAACCCAGCAGGUGCAUCAUCCUCGUCAGCAGCCACUUCUUCUUCAGCAUCGGCAGGAGCUUCUCCAUCAACUGGUUCGUCGUCACCAGCAAGCACAUCUGCUGGCAGCAUCACCUCUUCCAUCAACGUUGCCGUCUCCACCAGUGUUGCCAUCAACGGCAGCUCGUACACCAUCUCGUACUUGCCACUGGGCACUGGCAGUCUCAGCUCCCAGGUCAUCGCCGACUCAGAAUCCAGCAACAACAUCUCGGUGUCAUCUGUCCCAACUGGUUCUGGCCCAUUGACCACCUACACCGGAACAGCUUCUCGUCAGACUGUCAUGAGUGUCUUUGCUGCUCUCGCCUUGGGCAUCGUGGCCGCUCUGAUUGUUGUUGUCGUUUGA